AUGGCUCAGGCAAAUGGAGAACAGGAGCCCUCGAAAGAGACUCCGCAAGUUCCGAAGGAACAGGCCGUUACCGCUCCUGAUGAGACUGUCGAUGACGAGAAUGCUGGUGGUCUCUUCCUGAUUACUGUGAAGCUUCCUCAUGCACCUCACAAGAUCCAGGUGACGGUUUCGAGCCAAGAGCAGGUUCAGGAUGUCCGUCAAUCGAUCGUCGAGCUGCCUGGCACUUUCCAGUACACUUGCUUCCACCUCGAAUUCAACGGCAACCGCAUCAAUGACUUCGUCGAGCUGUCCGAGGUGCCUGGCCUGAAGGCCGACUCCGAGAUCGUCCUGGUUGAGGACCCAUACACCGAGAAGGAGGCUCGCAUGCACAUUGUGCGCAUGCGCGAGUUGGUGGGCGCCGCUGGUAACCGGGUCGACAACCUCCACGGUAUCUCAGCUGGCCUUUCGCUUCACGAUGCUAUCACUGCUGAGGCUGCCAAGGCUGGCGACUCUGAGAAGGAUCACUCUUUGGCAAAGUACGACCUGGAGGGCGCCUCCUCGCUGCAAACAAUCUUGCCCCGAGCGGAAACCCCUCCUCCCAAGACUGUCAAGUCGAUCUCGCUGUCUUCAUGGAAUCCAGUUCCGUACCACCUUCGCCAGAAGGGCCACCUGCUUUAUCUGCAGGUGAUCACCAACGAGAGCGAGUACUUCCAGAUCACCGCACACGUUUCGGGAUUCUUUGUCAACAAGUCUUCCAAUGCGAAAUUUGAUCCUUUCCCCCGCCCGCUGGCUAAGAAGAACCACGCUCACUCUCUUCUUACCCUGAUUUCUCAGAUUUCGCCUUCGUUUGCCUCUUCUUUCGAGGCGCUGCAGGAGUCCAACAACGCAAAGGAUCUCCUCACCACAUUCCCCUUCCAGAAUGCUAUCCCCAAUAGCCCAUGGCUUGUCGCCCCGACAAACUCUAGCCUCAGCACCCACCAGGCUGACAUCACCCGCUCCCAGGAGAGCUUCCUGAUCGCCGGCGCGGACAAUGCCGAGACGCUGCGUGACUGGAAUGAGGAGUUCCAAACCACCCGCGAGCUUCCCCGAGAGAGCGUUCAGGACCGCGUCUUCCGGGAACGGUUGACUUCCAAGCUCUUUGCUGACUAUAAUGAGGCUGCUGCUCGCGGUGCCGUGCUGGUUGCCCGCGGAGAAGUGGCCCCUCUCAACCCCACUGAGGAGUUGGAUGCCCAGAUCUUCGUUUAUAAUAAUAUCUUCUACUCCUUCGGUGCUGACGGUGUUGGCACUUUCGCUUCCGAGGGUGGUGACGAGGCUGCUCGUGUGGCCGUGGGCAAGGACGUGUUGGGCAUCAAGGCUGUGAACCAGCUAGAUAUCGACGGCCUGUUUACCCCUGGUACCAUCGUCGUUGAUUACCUCGGCAAGCGUAUCGUAGGUCAGAGUAUCGUGCCUGGUAUCUUCAAGCAGCGCGAGCCUGGCGAGCAUCAAAUUGACUACGGUGGUGUCGAGGGCAAGGAAGUCGUGGCUACUCACCAGGACUUUGUUCCUGUUUUUGAGAAGCUUUCCAAGGCUCUUCGCAUCAAGAAGCACCCUGUCUGGGACAAGGAUGGCAAGCGACACGAUCUGGAAGGAAGUGUUGAGACCAAGGGCCUGCUGGGUACGGAUGGUCGCAAAUAUGUCCUUGACCUUUACCGUGUCGCUCCACUCGAUGCCCAGUGGCAAAAUGAGGACGGCAGUGAUGUCUACCCUCACCGCAUGUCUGUUUUGCGACUUGAGCUGGUUGAGUCUUACUGGCGCAGCAAGAUGAGCCAGUAUGUCAAUGCUGAGGUUGAGCGCCGCAAGGCUGCCAAGGCCAAGGAAGCCCCCAAGGAGAAGUCCGAGGGCGAUUCCGAGAAGCCCAAGGAAAAUGCUGACCAGGACCGCGUUGAUAUCUCUGGCUUCAACUUGUCUCUCAACCCUGAUGUCUUCAGUGGCCAAGUGCCUCAGACCAAGGAGGAGAAGGAACAGUGGGCUCAAGACGAGAAGGAAGUGCAGGAGGCUUGCAACCAUCUCCGAUCUAAGGUCAUUCCUGACCUCAUCCAGGAUCUGCAUGAUGGUGAUGUUGGUUUCCUUAUGGACGGACAGUCGUUGACCCAGCUGCUGCACAAGCGUGGUAUCAACGUCCGUUACCUGGGUAAGCUGGCUCAGCUGUCUAGCGAGAAGGGUGCUCGCCUCCACGCUCUCUCCACCCUGCUUGUCCAGGAGAUGAUCGCCCGUGCCUUCAAGCACAUUGCUAACCGCUACCUGCGCAAUGUGCCCGCUCCCUUCGCUGCUCCUUGCGCUGCUCAUCUGCUCAACUGUUUACUGGGUACUGAUGUCAACGCCGCUCCUCGCCCUGAAAUUGAUGAGGCGCUGCGUGCAGUCUACCCCGAGGGUGACUUCUCUUUCGAGCAGGUCACUCCUGCAUCUCUCCAAGCCGAGAUUGAGAAGCAGGUCACCAUUCGCUACCGCUUCUCCCUUGAGAAGGGAUGGGUUGGCUCUUUGCGCCACCUCCAACUUCUGCGUGAUAUUGCCAUCAAGCUGGGUCUUCAGUUGGGCGCCCGUGAAUUUGCUUUCGCUAAAGCUGACGUCAAGGAGCCUGCUCCUGUACCCAACGGAACCAAUGGCACUAGCCAGGAGGACCACAAGAAGAAGAAGGGCAACAAGAAGGGCGGUGACAACAAGUCCCCUAGCCCGGCCCCUGUGGCGUCCAAGCCCCCUGUCAGCAUCACUGCUGACGAUAUUCUUAACAUUGUUCCUUUGGUCAAGGAUGCGUCUCCACGUAGCGCUCUCGCCGAGGAGGCCCUCGAGGCUGGCCGUAUCUCGCUCAUGCAACAACAGAAGCAAUUGGGCCAGGAGCUCAUUCUGGAGUCCCUCUCUUUGCACGAGCAGAUCUACGGCAUUCUUCACCCCGAGGUUGCCAAGCUGUACCACCAGCUCUCCAUGCUCUACUACCAGACCGAUGAGAAGGAAGCCGCUGUUGAGCUGGCUCGCAAGGCUGUCAUUGUCACUGAACGUACCCUGGGUGUGGACUCCCACGACACCAUCUUGGCCUAUCUCAACUUGAGCUUGUUUGAGCAUGCCUCUGGCAACACCAAGCUUGCGUUGGUAUAUAUCAAACAUGCCAUGGAUCUCUGGAAGAUCAUCUAUGGUACCAACCACCCCGACUCUAUCACGACUAUGAACAACGCCGCGGUGAUGCUCCAGGGCUUGAAGUUGUACGCCGAUUCUCGCAAGUGGUUCGAGGCCUCCCUUUCGGUCUGCGAGGACCUGUUUGGCAAGCAGUCCAUCAACGCUGCUACCAUCCUCUUCCAGUUGGCACAGGCUCUUGCUCUUGACCAAGAUUCCAAGGCUGCCGUUGUCAAGAUGCGCGAGGCCUACAACAUCUUCCUUGCUCAGCUCGGCCCGGAGGACCGCAACACCAAGGAAGCCGAGACUUGGUUGGAGCAGUUGACCCAGAAUGCUGUUUCCAUUGCCAAGCACGCGAAGGAUAUCCAGGCCCGCCGCCUGCGCCGUAUCAACAUCAACCCUCGUGCACCUACCAUGGGCACGCGCGUCCAGCCUCAAAUCGGCCAGAGUCUUCCAGAGAACUUGAUGCCCACUGCUGAUCCCUCUGGCCUGGACUCCCGCAGCAUCGAUGAGCUCCUGAAGUUCAUCGAGGGCACUGAUGCUGGCGCUUCCCGCUCCAAGAAGAAGCGCACUGCGGCGAACCCUAAGCUCCGCGGCUCCAAGAAGUCUGCAUAG